AUGUAUGCACUGGACAAGGCUCCUUCGCAUUUACCACCGCUGACAGUUGUAAACGGACCUUCAGCAAUCAUAGGACACAACAGUGGUACAGGAAUUAAUUCAACAUCCAGUUCAGCCGUGUUUGGAGGAAGCAAUAACAACUUGAAAUCCAGUAUUAACAUUUCACAGCUUUACGACGAUCGCCAACAAAGACAGUACGGAGAAGCAUCGAUUGUUGCAAGCAACUCCACAGCUCCGUUGCAUUUACCCAGUGUUUCCGUUGGUCAACACAACUCUUCGACCACUCAGACAGGUGUACGUUCGGGUGCGUCUGGUGUAAAAGCAUCUGGAAGUUCACCGCAACUUAACGGAAAAAUGGACAGUCACGGCAAUAAUUCAAAAACGAGAACACGAGUGGCGGUUGGAGGUGGCGGCGGUGGUACUAACCUGUAUCAGUGUAUAUCUAAUGGUGCUGCCCCGGGUGGAUCAACGAAUCUAGGUGUUGGUUCAGGCGAGGCUCCCUCUACUACUACACACUGUCCAACUUCAAGCAGUGUCUCCGUUCCAAACUUGCUUCCCAAUGGGGGUUCUGGAAAUGGCCUUACACCUGAAAUGGCAAUGAAAUUGUAUGUGCACAAGCUCACACCUUACGAACAUCAUGAAAUAUUUGGCUACCCGCAGAUUUAUUUUGUCGGUCACAAUGCGAAAAAGCGUUCCGGUGUGUUGGGUGCGCCUAAUAAUGGUGGGUACGACGAUGAUCAAGGGUCAUACCUCAAUACAGCUCACGAUCACGUGGCCUACCGUUAUGAAGUUUUAAAGAUAUUGGGAAAAGGCAGUUUUGGGCAGGUCGUUAAAGCUUAUGAUCACAAGACGGGCACUUAUGUAGCUCUCAAAAUGGUGCGAAAUGAAAAAAGGUUCACUCACCAGGCGGCCGAGGAAAUUCGAAUUCUGGAACAACUAAAACAACAGGACAAGGACAACACGCGCAAUGUUGUGCAUAUGUUGGAACAUUUCACUUUCCGAAAUCACGUUUGCAUGACUUUUGAACUUCUCAGCAUGAAUUUGUACGAGCUCAUCAAACGGAGUAAAUUUCAAGGCUUUCCUCUUCAGCUGGUUAGAAAAUUCGCGCACUCAAUUUUAGUUUGUUUGGACAUGUUGCAUCGGAAUAAAAUAAUUCACUGUGAUUUGAAACCGGAAAAUAUAUUGCUCAAGCAGCAAGGUCGAAGUGGAAUAAAAGUAAUUGACUUUGGUUCCAGCUGUUACGAGAGUCAACGUAUCUACACGUACAUACAAUCCAGAUUCUACAGAGCACCAGAAGUUAUUCUGGGAUUUAAAUAUGGUUCAGCAAUUGACAUCUGGAGCUUUGGCUGUAUACUGGCUGAAUUGCUCACAGGUGCUCCUUUAUUCCCUGGCGAGGACGAAGGAGAUCAACUGGCGUGUAUAAUAGAAUUGCUGGGAAUGCCACCGCAAAAGUUGCUGGAACAAUGCCGUCGUGUGAAACACUUUUUCUCAACCACCCACGGAUAUCCUCGUUAUUGUAUGGCUACUGAUGCGGAUGGACGUGUGGUACUGCGUCCCAGUAAGAGCAAACGAGGAAAAUUACGCGGAACCCCUGGCAGCCGCUCGCUGGUAACGGCCUUGAAUGGUUGUGAGGAUGCUGCAUUCUUAGACUUCCUCCGACGAUGUCUACAGUGGCUACCGGAAGAACGAAUGACUCCUCGCGAAGCAUUUCGACACGAAUGGCUGCGGCGUAGACUACCUAAACCACCUGCCACUGGCAAUACCACAUCCUCGGCCACUUCCGUGGCAAACACGUGGACACAUGCGGCUCCAGUGGCACAUGCUUGUACGACGGCCGUUACUGCAGCUGCCACAGCCGCCAAUACAGCCACAACUGUCACGUUGAAUGCAUCCGUUAGUAUGCCCACGUUUGGUACAAUAGCUGGCACUAUACCCACAACGGUAAAUAACUUGGCACCAACUACUGGACAACCUCCACGAAUGUCUCCUACCGAGUGUCGCUCACUGCACGUUCCGCAUUCGACAUCAAUAGGCUCAUUCAAGCCCGUUCCUGGAGUGUCUAUUUCUACCCACGAAGGUGGUAUGGUGCCUUCAGUGUUGAAGUCUGUGAGCCAAGUGCUUACCAAUGUUGGUGCAACUACUGUAAGCGCUGUGGAAAAUAAUGUUCUGCCCGGUCCUGAUUCAAUCCAGGAUGCUGGUGAUCGUCGGCGUACCGCCGAUGAGCCUGUGGUAGUCAUUGAUGCGAUGAAGAGGUUGUGA